UCCGGUUGCUGGGUGAUGCAGCAGGUUACCAUGGUAACAGCAGCCUCCUCACCCAGAAUGCACCAGCAGCAGAGCCUCCCUCCCUCCUUCUCCUCACACAGCGGCAGCAGGUGGCAGUGCAGCAGGGUGAAGCAGCAGACAGACAGACGGACAGACAGCAGCCAGGAGGAGUAAUGAUGGAUGGAUACUCCGCCACCCUCGGAGGUGACCCCGCCCCUGAAGAGCAGAGGAUGAUGGAAGACCUCCUUGACUCUGUCAGCACUCAGGAUAAACCCCCAAAUGAAAGCAGAGCUGAGCAGGAGGAGGUGAAGGGGGAGCGGGGAGAUGGAGGUGAACAGAUGAGGAGCAGCUCUGAGGAGCAGUCAGAGAGGAGGGAUGAGGAGGAGAAAGAGGAGAGAUCCAUGCUGAUGAAAGAGGAAGAGGAGCAGCAAGGAGACAAAGAGAAAGACAAGGAGGAGCUAGAGACUCCUUUCUCCUCCACCACACCUCGUCUGGAUGAAAGAAGAAAGAAGAAAGAAGAGGAGGAAGUAGACAAAGAAGAAGAGCAGAAAGAGGACGUGUCAGAGGAGACGGAGCAACCAAAAGGAGGAGGUGAAAAUGGGGAGGUGGAGAAGAAACAGAAACAGCCUGAGAAUUUCUGCUCACAUAUCACACCUCCUCCUUUACAGACGGAGCAGAGGGGAGGUGACGAAGAGGAGGAGAUUAAAGGAGAAGAACAGAAAGAGGAAGAGAAAGAAAUGAUAGAAGAAGAGGAGGUGACAGAAGAGAAAAUUGUGAUGACAAAAAAGGAGGAGCAGCUAGAAGGAGAUGGAGGGAUGGAGAUGGAGAUGGAGAAGGAGGUUCAGGCCUUCUCCAUCAGAUCUCCUGAUGAGGAGCAGGAAGAAACAGUUGAAAGAGAGAAAGAGGAGGGGGCGGAGGAGGAAGAGGACCAGAUAAUGAAGGAUAGUUUACAAGUAGCUGUAAUGUCACCAGAGGAGGAGCAGCUGGAUAUGCAAGAGGAGAAAACAAGCACACUGAUCCACCAAGCACCUCCAGCCCCUCCAUCCUCUGAAGACCAGGAGGUCCCCGCCAACAAAACAAGCACUCACCAGACCAAUGGAGACUUCAGCAAACAGAAGAGACACUUGAUUUCUACUGCAGCUUCUGCCUCUGUUACCAAAGCUCCACCCACCGGAGCUGCCACCUCCUCCUCUCCAAAACAGACUGCUCGACCCAGAAAAACAAGUGCUCCUCCACCUAAACAGGCUCCCCAAGUUAGGAAAACAAGUGCUCCUCCUCUUAACAAAGAAAAAGCAGCUGCGAAAGAAACUGAAGAAACAAUGAAGGCCUCCAGGACAGCAGGAGGUGCCAAAGCAGCCAAGAUGAUCUCAGCCAAGAGUACAGAGUCAGUCGACGGAGUCAGCAGUCCAGGAAGUCGUUCUCCUGCCAGUCGAUCCUCCACUCCCAACAGAGAUGUGAAGAAGGUCGCGGUUGUCCGGACCCCCCCGAGGUCUCCUGGUUCUGCUCGUGGACGGACGCCCCCCCUCCCCUCCCACCCCAUGCCUGACCUCAGCAGCGUGAGGUCAAAGGUCGGAUCCACUGAGAACCUCAAACACACACCCGGAGGGGGCAAGGUUCAGAUUGUUCAUAAGAAGUUGGAUCUCAGUAACGUGACAUCAAAGUGUGGCUCCAAAGGCAACCUCCACCACAAACCAGGUGGAGGGAAGUUGGAGAUUAAAUCUGAGAAACUGGAUUUUAAAUCUGUUCAGUCUAAAGUCGGUUCUCUGGAGAACGUCACUCAUGUGCCAGGAGGAGGGAAGAAGAAGAUUGAGAGCCAGAAACUGACCUUUAAAGAGAAUGCCAAAGCUCGAACUGACCACGGUGCUGACAUCGUCAUCCAGCCUGACUCCUCCUCUCGUCACCUUAGCAACACUUCCUCCCCUGGAAGCCUUAACGCUGCUGAAGCUCCGCCCCUCGACACCCUGGCUGACCAGGUGUCUGCCUCUCUCGCCAAACAGGGCUUGUGAUUGGACAACCCUGUGCCAACAGAUCCCGCCCACUCCUGUUACCAAGGAAACUGCCUGAUCGAAGAAAGAAAAAAAACCUCAUUCUGCCUUUUUCCUCAUCACCUUCAUCUGACUCCACAAAACACAGGAUCAGAGAGAUUUUAUGAAGUCAAAGUGAGGCCUUAAACUUCUGAGUUUCUGAACGCAGAUCAUCAAUCAAUAUCUGAUCAAUAUCUGAUCAGUAUCCAGAUUAUCACCCACAUCAAUAUCCACAUCAAUAUCCACAUCAAUAUCGGAUCAAUAUCCGUUAUCAGACAGAUUAUCAAUCAAUCACAGUUCAAUCCAUCAGGUGUUCAGUCAUAAUAAUAAUAAUGAGAAGAAGAAGAAUAAGAAGAAUAAUAGAAGUUUAAUGUUUGUGCGUUCAGUACAGAUAUAUCCAGGACACCGUUAGCCUAGCUGAGCACAAAGACUGGAAACUGCUAGCCUAGCUAAAUUGACCACUGGAUCAGACAGACUUGAGAUUGUUCUCCUCUAAUUGAGCUAGGCUAGCAGUUUCCCCCACUUUCAGUCUUUGUGCUAAGCUAGGCUAACAGUUUCCCCCUGCUUCCAGUCAUUGUGCUAAGCUAGGCUAACAAUUCCCCCGCUUUCAGUUUUUGUGCUAAGCUAGGUUAACUGUUUCCCCCUGCUUUCAGUCUUUGUGCUAAGCUAGGCUAACAGUUCCCCCCUGCUUCUAGUCUUUGUGCUAAGCUAGGCUAGAAGAUUCUCCCUGCUCACAGUGUUUAACGAACCAUAUAGGCUUGGCAAAUUCAUCCAAACACAUCAAACAGCUGAAUGUUGUCCGACAUUCAAAAUUAGAAAAUUAUAUGAAUGUAAAAUAUUGUUUUACUGAAGCAUUGUAAAGAUAUAGUGGUUUAAGUCUGUAUGUAUACAGCUAUAAGGAACCCCUAUAUAAACUCUAUAUUGACCUUAUAUUGAUCCUAUAUUGACCCUAUAUAAACUCUAUACUGACCUUAUAUUGACCCCAUAUUGAUCCUAUUUUGACCCUAUAAGGACGCUAUAUUAACCCUAUAUUGAUCCUAUAUUGACCCUAUAUUGAUCCUAUAUUGACCCUAUGUUGACGCUAUAUCUACCCUAUAUUGACAUAAACAUCAAAUAUCGCUGUGAUCUUUUGGACGGAUUCCUUUGACUACAGCAGCUGUUACGCUGAUAGUUUGAUAGUUUGGAAGAUAUCGAUACUGGAUAUUGUUUAUGGCUUUGAAACUACUGCUCAGAUACAACUGACCCUUCAUAAGCCCCGGCCCUUUGCGCUCUGUGUUCCAAUCACAGGUGAGCAAGCCACGGUCAGAACCUUGGUCAACUUCUUCCUUUCCUGUACUUAGAUAUGCUAUGUGCUAGGCUAAUCUAUGUUGGAAAGACAACCACAUUUUGAAGAUUGUUGCUACCAUUAGCUAGACAUAGACACACAACAUUGAUGUAUUUGAUAUGGAGAUCAAUAAUUGACUGAUAGAAGAGUAAAAUGUCUCCAGGAGCCCUUGAGGACUUUCUCAGGUUCAGGGUGAAGGUCUGAAAAGUCCUUGAGGAGGUCCUUGAAUAAAGUUCCAGGAGGUUCAUUCAGGAGAAAACAGAGAACAUGAUACUCCAUGCUAACUCAUAACUAGCCUUGAUUAGCACGUUAGCAUCCUUCAUAAAAUCCCUCCAAUCACAGAACAUCUCCCUCUGAUGUUAACUCUCUCAGCCAAUCAUCAUCUCUGUAUGCUAAUGUACUGUAAUUCCCUGUGAUGGCCCCGUCAUAAAAAAUACCCAGAAUGCAGUUUGAUACCAGGUGCCAAACCAUACUGUUUCUCUCUCUGCUUGUCGGCUGUUAAAGUGCUUUGUACCAAUAAAGUUUCUCUUGGAUCGGA